AUGUCUUCUGAGCAAUAACAUUAACAAACGAAAUUGCAUAAAUUGCAAAAUUAUUAUCAUUAAUUCGAAAAGGCUGAAAUAACUGGAACUUAAUUGAAAUCUCAAUUAUAAACCAAUUUAAAAAAUAAGAUGGAAUCCAAAUUUAGAAAACAUCAUUCAUUAAGUAGAUCCAUCAUAUACAGAUUUUGUUCGAUCAAUCUAUAAAACUAAUAAGUAUGUACCCAAAUAAACAACACCGUAAUUGACUGA